AGCAGGUAUCCCAGCAUACCUGAAGAUGCCUUUCUGGUAAUCAAGCAAACUCCACUGCCCUGUGCUCACCUGACCCCUCCUUUAAAUGCCCCGGGAAAUUUAAAAAUCUCCUUCCUGUUUGCUCAGCCAGGUGUGGAGUGCAAUUAAUCUAUCAAUCACUCAGCGACCAUGCCUCCACGCACCAAACGAGCCCCAGAAUGGACCAAUGCAGAGCUGCAGGACCUCAUUAGUGUUUGGGGAGAGGAGGCUGUGCAAACACAGCUGCGCUCCAGAAGGAGAAAUGAUGAUACGUAUGGGCAGAUAUCGCAGUCCUUGAUGAGAAGGGGCCAUGAAUGGGACGCCUUGCAGUGCAGGGUAAAAAUUAAAGAGCUGAGGAGUGCGUACUGCAAAGCCCGUGAGGGAAAUCGCCGCUCAGGAGCUGCCCCCACAACCAGCUGCUUUUACAAGGAGCUGGAUGCCAUACUUGGGUGUGACCCCACUGCGAAUCCUAGGAGCACGAUGGAGAGUUCAGAGCAGGGAGCAGUGGGGGAUAUUGUAGAGGACGGAGACAGUGAGGCUACUGGCGUGGAGGGAGACACCCCGGAGUCCCAGGACACAUGCAGCCAGGAUCUCUUCUCAAGCCCGGAGGAGGCUAGCCAGUCGCAGCAGCUGGAAGCUGAUGUUGAGGAGGAAGCUGAGGAUCGUGCUCGGGGGACCUUGACUACUGCAGCCAUAUCACCGGCCUCACGUAGGUUGCAGAACUUGAGACGGAAUCCUAGGAAAUCAAAAGAGGAAUUGAUCAAGUCUGUUAUGAGCCACUACAACAGAGAAAGUAGGAAUACAGAGGAAUGGAGAGAGAAGACGUAUGAAUGGAGAAGCAGUGUACAGGACUGGAGAAAGAGUGUACAUGAAUGGAGGCAAACAGAAAGCAGGAGAAAGGAAUUGUCUGCCAAAAAAACCACAAAGCAGAUAAGCCUCCUGUCUCGCCAAACUGAGUCUUUCGAGUCUCUUGUAGCCAUGCAGACAAAUAUGUACCGUGGUAACCCACAGCCUUCCCAAAGACCUCUUCCUUAUGAACAAGAGUCUUUCCUGAAAAUAGCAGAAGUUAGUGAAGAACAAACAGAGAGAUUUACAAGAGGUGGACUUGACUCUGAUGGAACAUGUAGCUUCUUCAGCCCAAUCAAGAAAUCUGGUAUCAAAACAUUUGCUGACAUGGUCAAAAUGGUCAAAUAUAAGUCUAGCAAGAGAGGACAAACACAGCUGCUGUCAGUCCAGAAAUUGUUUUCCACAUAG